AGGCCGUGACCCCCACCAGUCGACCCUCCGAGACGAUGUUGGUUGCUUCUCUGAUCUCUCACUCUCCUUUCCGUCUCUCAGCUUCUUGUCUGGGGAGCUGCUGCUGUCUGCUGUGAUUCUAGCCUAGUCUAUAAGCUGCAUAACCCCCAAGACUUACAACGAGAUACAUACAUCCCCUCCCCCCUUUCCCCCUCGUCUUAGCUUGGUAGUCCUAGCCUUACCACCACCAUGGCAGACGCCAAGACCGGCCUCGUCCUCGGCUACAACGGCCGCCACCCCUUCUCCAAGGUGGACAUCACGGACCGGGCCUCGGUGCAGGAGCUGCUCCGGACGCUCCUGGACCCGCUGGACCCCUUCUUCUCGCCUCAAAAAGCGCGGGUCCGCUGCCCCGGAGCGACGGCGGUGCGGUUCGACCAGACGGCGUCCGAGGUGGAGGGCUUCUGCCGGCCGCUGUGGGGGCUGGCGUGCCUGCUGGCGGGCGGGGGCGAGUACCACGGCACGGACUGGUGGGUGCAGGGGAUCCGGGCGGGGACGGACCCGGAGAGCCCCGAGUACUGGGGCCACCCGCGGGACAACGACCAGAGGAUGGUGGAGAUGUGCCCGCUGGGGUACGCGCUGGCCGUGGCGCCGGCGCUGUGGGACUCGCUGUCGGGGCGCGAGAGGGCCAACGUCGAGCAGUGGCUGGGCAACUCGAUCAACGAGAAGGACAUGCCAAACACAAACUGGCUCUGGUUCCGCGUGUUUGCGAACCUCGGCCUCAAGAAGAAUGGCGCGAGGUUCUCGCAGGAGAGGCUGGACGCUGACAUCGAGCACCUCAACACCUUCUACCGCGGCGACGGCUGGUCAAACGACGGGCCUGAGGGCAUCCACCAGAUGGACUACUACUCGUCCAGCUUCGCUAUCCACUUCUUGCAGCUGCUGUACGCCAAGUUGGCCGCCGACGACGAACCGGCCCGCGCCGAGGAGUUCAAGAAGAGGGCCCAGAUGGCGGCGCUAGACCUGGUGCAUUACUACGAUAAAGAAGGUCGAUCCAUUCCCUUUGGACGAAGCGUGGGAUACAGGUUCGCCAUGGUCUCGUUCUGGGGCGCUAUGGCCUACGCUGGUGUCGAGCUGCCCGCCCCCUUGACCUGGGGCAUGGUGAAGGGCAUCGUGCUUCGGCACCUCAGGUGGUGGCAGACCCAGGAUAACAUGUGGAGCCCAAACGGGACGCUUACUAUUGGGUAUUCAUAUCCCAAUAUGUAUAUGGCGGAGAAUUAUAACAGCCCUGGGAGCCCAUACUGGGCUUGCCUGGCUUUCAUCUGCCUGGCGGUGCCGGAGGACCACCCGUUCUGGACUUCGAAAGAAGAAUACCACGGAGAUUCGAUCCCCAAGGUCAAAGCACUCAAGCACCCAGGUCACAUCAUGAGCUACCUCGGCGGCCACUGUAUGCUGCUCUCCUCGGGCCAAGCCUGCAGCUAUCCAAUGAAGGGCACGCACGCCAAGUACGGCGGCUUCGCCUACAGCAGCGCGUACGCGUACUCGGUCCCGCCGGGCCUGUUCACGCUCGAGCAGUACGCGCUGGCGUCGCAGCUGGGCCUCUCCGACGACGGCGGCGAGUUCUGGAAGGCGAGGCGGGUCUCGGAGUACGCGGGGAUCGAGCAGCGCGGCGACAAGCCGGUGCUCGUGUCGGCGUGGAGGCCGUUCCCCGACGUCAGGAUCAAGACGUACUUGGUCCCGCCCGAGGAGGCCACGCCGAACUGGCACCUGCGGGCGCACCGCAUCGAGGCCGGGCGCGAGGUCAUGACGGCGGACGGGUCGUUCGCCAUCCGCAACGAGCGGGCCCUGGACGGGCGCUACCUCGACCCGUACGACGCGGCGGCGUGCGAGGGCACGCGGCCGAGGAUCAUCGGCAACUACGACGUCGCCACGCCCGAGGCCUGGGCGAGGGGCCGCGAGGGCGCGUUCGCCGUCUCCAGGGGCGCCGUCGGCAUCAGGGCUCUCGAGGCGGAGGGGGUCGGGCGGAGGGCCACGCUGGUCAACGCGGACCCGAACUCGAACCUCGUCGAGAGCCGCACCGCUAUCCCGACGCUGCAGCACACCGUCGCCGCGGGGGAGACCGUCUGGUACGUCUCGGCCAUCUACGCGAAGCCGGAUGGCGAGGGCGUGCCGAGGGAGUCGUACCUCGACGGGUGGGAUAUGGUGCCUGAGCUGCCGGCCUGGCUCAAGGCUGAGAUUGAUGGGUCUUGAGGUAUUGACCACUUUUUCGGGGGUGGCUACAUGAUGCCUUCUCUGCCGGAAGGAGGGAAGUGCGGAUUUGCAGUGCAAGGACGCCGAUAAUGUAUAUGUGCCAGGCAAGGGGUAUUUGCCGUCGCCAACCAAACUGCGAAAUGCCGAUAGCUUAAAAUGCUCCCUCCGUGUACUCGACACCGACACCCUCACAAUUGAGAAGUAGCAAGCAUCUGGGAUUAAACAAGUAUCACAAAGAUGACUUUAAAUUGCCAGUCUGGAUAUCAUGACUUCUCUCCGUAGAAGUACGUAGUACAUCCACAAGUCUC